UGGAAAAGUGUUUUCACUGUUUGGGUGCUCAGGCACGGGGAUAGGUUGCUCAGGGAGGUGGUGGCCUCACCAUCCCUGGAGGUGUUCAAGAAGCAUCUGGAUCUGGCGCUAGGCGAUGUGGUUUAGGGGUUACAGUGGCAGUGCUGGGUUGAUGGAUGGACUUGGUGAUCUUAGAGGUCUCUUCCAGCCUUGGUGAUUCUGGGACUCUCCAGCGGGUCUGCUUCCCGCUCCUCCACAGAGCAGCCCGGAGCGGUGGCCGUGGGCAGGUCCCUCGGGGAGUUCUGCCGGGCAGCUGAGCCGCAGUGCCCCGAGGAGCACAUUCAUCCCUGCCCGGUGGGUGCCACCGCUUACUCAGCCUUAUGCUCCUCUCAGGGACACCCGGCCAGGAAAGCACUCCUGGGGGGGAUGCGGGGAGCAUCGGGGGCUGCAGAGGAGCACGGAGCCAGCGCACAGACAGGCGUGCCCGCAAUAACGCGGCGCGACCCGCGCGGCAUCCAGGCUGCCCGGGGAAGCUGAGGGUGCCCGGUCCCUGGCACCGGGCAAGGCCAGGCUGGACGGGGCUGGGAGCAACCGGGGGUAGUAGAAAGGGGUGGAACGAGGUGGUAUGCAAUGCCCCUUGCAACAAAAAGCCACGGUGAGACUGUUUCUGUCAUUCCGGGACUCCGUCAUGCGGAGACUCCGGGAUCCCGCCCCGCUGCGCUCCGCCCUGUGACGCCGCUCCGCGUCCGCGCCCCCGGCUCCAGCCGCCCAUAAAGUGGGCGGCGGCGGCGGGCGGCUCCUCAUGGAGCGCUGCGCGCCGCCGGCACCUGUUGCGCUACGGCGACUCCUUGCCCCGUUCGUUCUCUCCGUGUCUCUUGUCGCCACCCGCCCCGGGACGGACGAUGCGGGCCUUGAUGUUGAUGGCCGCGCUGGCCGUGCUGGCAGCGAACCGUGCGGCCGCCGGGUCCUCGCCCAACGCCACGGAGCCGCAGCGGCACGAGGAGCGGGAGCCCGGGAGCCGUGAGGGCGAGCCCGUGCCGAGCCCUGACUACGAGGAGGAUGAGGAGGAGUACGAGGAGGCGCCGCCUGUCCACCAGUACAUCGUGGACGACUUGAUCCGAGUUGAACCUGUGGUUAAACCCAAGCCAGCGAAGAGGGGGGGAGAGAAGAAUGCUGGCAAAUCAAGAAGGAAGAAAAACAAAGGGAAAAACAAGAAGAAAGGGACUCCCUGUGAAAUGGAAUACAAAAACUUUUGCAUCCAUGGAGAAUGCAUAUACCUCGAACACCUCCAGAUGGUGACUUGCAAGUGUCAUCAGGAUUUUUUUGGUGAGCGCUGUGGUGAACAGUUCAUGAAGACUCAAAGGAAGAAUGAUGUGGCAGACUACUCAAAGACUGUGUUGGUAGUGGUAGCUGUCCUGCUCUCGAGCGUCAGCUUCAUUACUGUACUUAUCAUUGUGAUAGUGCAGGUCAGGAAAAAGUGUCCUCAGUACGAAGAGAAAGAAGAAAGGAAAAAACUCCGACAAGAAAAUAGAAAUGGCCAUGUUGGUGUGUAAAUGGGGAGAAAGCAGAGCAAUUCUGAAGUGGCCAUGGCCAAGCUGCGGGGGGUACCUCUGGCUACCUGACACAUCCACCUGGACACUGUGGGCUGCAGCUGUUGCCACUAAGCCCUGAUUCAUCAAGAGCAAGGCUGCUGCAAGGAGAUGUCAACAGGCCACUUGCUGCUGAAUCACUUGCUGAGGAGACCAGUUAUCACUGCAUCUUGGCACAACGAUGUGGAAGGAGCUGGCUCGCUGGGGGACAGGACCUCUUGUCAAGACCUGCUAGAGACUACUGCUACUGAGCCUUUUCUCUGCGCUAGAGCUCCGGUCUCGCUAUUGUGUGGAUGGACUUUGUUCUCUUAGCAAGUUUCCUUUGGCAGCUCUAACUCUAAGGGCAAGAGCCUGUUGCUGCUUUCAGCAAUGGAUGGAAGGGAGAAAAUUCCUUUCCUUCCCUCUACCAAAGUGAAAAAGGGAUGAGGUUGGGAUGGCUUUCUCUCCUAGACCUCAGUGGAUGAAAAACCUAAUUGUGUUGUCACUGUGCUCCCUAUCCAUAUUGGCUUCCAAGAGCUUCAUCUGUAGUUGUGACUUGCAGGGUGUUGGUGACAGAUGUUUGUCAGCCACACCUGGGUUCUGUUACUGUGUGUGUGGAAGGGACCCCUCAGAGUUCUGUAGGACUCGUGGUGUGAGUGGAGCUGUUCAUUUGUGUGUGUGCUGGCCUGAGUUAAAAUCAGUCUCCUCAGGAUGCUGAGACAGUAGAUGCAAGACUUGAAGCUUUGCAUCUAAAGGAAAAGAUCCAUGCUCAAACCAACUGAUAAGGCUGGACCCAUCUUUUGUAAACACAAAACUACUUCUGUUAAACAGAUACUUGUUACUGCUUUAAGCAGUGCUUAAAUACAAAAGACUUCACAUCAGAUCCCAUCACUUGAACUUGACUAAGAACCUGUUCCUUUGAAGAAUUUAAUUCAGGCACUGAUGCUUUGCAAGCCGUGGUCUCUCGUGCUCUACCUUCAGGUGUGACGAGCUCAUAUUACCUCAAUCUUCUCUGACUCGGGUAUCCUUGGUUUCUUAACUGUCCAUGCAGUCUUGAGCACAGAGGAUUAUUUGAGUUCAGUUUCUUCUUGGAAGAGUGAUUGUGUUCUGUGUAAACAGACCACAAUUCUUCUGGUAGCAGAGAAACACCAUUAAUUGCCAAGUUGUAUCUUUUGUAAAUGUGUAAAUAUUUAUUAAUGUAUUUAAUAUUUAACGUUUCCAUAACAAACUUAUUUAUUUUAUAAUUAAACUUUUUACAUAACCU